GAGCUGCUGUGAACCCGCUCUGAGGGCGGUGGCUUACCGGGCUUCGGAGCGCGGGGGCCCUGGACCCGGCAGGCGCAUGCCUGUCCCCGGCCGGCCCGUGAGGCGAGCGGCGGCGGGCACGAGGCGGUGGAGGCCCGGGGCAGCCGGAGAGCGGCCGGGCGCCCCUCGGGGAGGCUGGACAGCCCAGGCUUGGCCGAGGGCGCUGCUCCGCCGCCGGCGGGCAUCAUGGCAUCGCUGGCCGACCGGGUCCGGGGCAACGGGCGCAUCGCCGCCGGGCUCCUGUUCAACUUGCUGGUGUCCAUCUGCAUCGUGUUCCUCAACAAAUGGAUCUAUGUGCACCACGGCUUCCCCAACAUGAGCCUGACCCUGGUGCACUUCGUGGUCACCUGGCUGGGCUUAUACAUCUGCCAGAAACUGAACAUCUUUGCCCCCAAAAGUCUGCCGCUCUCCAAGCUCCUCCUCCUGGCCCUCAGCUUCUGUGGCUUUGUGGUCUUCACCAACCUUUCUCUACAGAACAACACCAUAGGUACCUAUCAGCUGGCCAAGGCCAUGACCACGCCGGUGAUCAUAGCCAUCCAGACCUUCUGGUACCAGAAGAGAUUCUCCAUCAGAAUACAGCUCACGCUGAUUCCUAUAACUGUAGGUGUAAUCCUAAAUUCUUAUUACGAUGUGAAGUUUCAUUCCCUUGGGAUGGUGUUUGCUGCUCUUGGUGUAUUAGUUACAUCCCUUUAUCAAGUGUGGGUCGGAGCCAAGCAGCAUGAACUGCAGGUGAAUUCAAUGCAGCUGCUGUACUACCAGGCCCCCAUGUCUUCGGUCAUGCUGCUGGUGGCUGUGCCCUUCUUUGAGCCAGUGUUUGGAGAGGGAGGACUCUUUGGUCCCUGGUCAGUUUCUGCUUUGCUUAUGGUACUGCUGUCUGGAGUAAUCGCUUUCAUGGUGAACUUAUCAAUUUAUUGGAUCAUUGGGAACACGUCGCCAGUCACCUACAACAUGUUUGGACACUUCAAGUUCUGCAUCACCCUGUGCGGAGGAUACGUUUUAUUUAAGGAUCCACUGUCAGUAAACCAAAUGCUCAGCAUCUUGUGUACGCUGUUUGGGAUCCUCGCCUAUACCCACUUUAAACUCAGCGAACAGGAAGGAAGUAAGAGUAAGCUGGUCCAAAGGCCCUGAGCUUUGGCAAAGAAAAGAAAGCGGCACCAAAAAGAUGAGAAAUGUCAGAUGUGUGAGUCUGGAAAAGCUGCCAUGCAGAUGUGACUUACAAGAAGUAUUUUCUUUACAGAUACGACAGUUUUUGGUACCUUUUAUGAAUUUUAUUUUUUAAAAUCAAAAUGGUUCAAGCUUCUUUUCAAAUACUUUAUGAGGCUGGAGCUGUCACUAGAUGGGAGAAUGUUUGCCUGGCACGCGUGGGAUUCUGGCCUCAAACACGAGCACCUUCAAAGAAGAUGGUUUCCUUCUACCAACCACAAUAAAGGAAAGUUUGGUUCUGUAGGAAUGACAGCACUACAAUGUUGCAGGCACAACAUGGCUGGUCAGUGGUCGUGCCGUCCCAAGAAGGGCAGAUAGGAGUCCUCCUGCCCACUCUGCCAGGGUUUCCCAGCAUGAGCUUUACUAGACUUCAGUCAGCGUUUAAGCAGUGCACGCAACUGAAGCCAGAGCCUUGCCCUUGCUGGACAAACGCCACCAUUGAGCUACACCCAGCCUCGUUAUCACUGGGCAGGGGUGUGGUAAUAGUUGUCUUGAGCCAGGCUCUCGCCAUGUAGCCCUGGCUGGUCUGGAAUUCUCUACAUAGACCAAGCUGGCUUUGAACUCUGCCACCACACCUGGCCUUUAGCUCCUGUGUUAUUUUAUUGUAGAACUGGAAUAUUUAUAGAAAGCACAUUUUCAUAGACAUGGUCAUAAAACAAAUUGCAACUCUGAAAGUAUCACUUUUUUAGUAGAAAGUGGAUGCAAGCAGUUCUUCCCUGUUGGACAGGGCAUGGCUUGUGCACCUCUCAUCAGUGGUGUGUGGAAAAGUAGGGCAGGGCUGCCUAAGCCCAAAGCCAGCUCAACAACAUAGACUCUGCCUGUGCGAGGGUGAGUGUCUGGGGAAAUAAGUUACUGGAGUUGGUAGGAAUGACAGUCUCAUUGGUCCUCCUGUGGCUUUGAGCUUACAGUGAGUUCUAGAUACUGUAUGAGGCUAAAACAAAACAAAACAAAAAACCCAGUGAUUAAAUGGCUCAAAGAAAAGCAUAGGGCUAGGGAAUAUAGCCCCAUAGUAGAGUACCUGCCUAGCAUGCAUGAGGCCCAGGGUACAAUCUCCCAGCAACAACAAAAGCAGAUUGUAUGUGGAAUAGAGUGGUCUCUUUAUCCCCGUGACUCCUUUCCAGCUUGCUCGAACAUCUCAUCUUAGUGAUUUCUAGCACGUCCUCCCUCCUAACACCUCUUGCCUUCCACAUAACACAACAGUGUGGAGGGAGCGGUGAAUGGCACUGGAAACUGGAUUGGAUUAUUCCCUUCAUUUUCAUGCAGAAAGUUAGAGCAAAAGCUAUCCAAAUUCUAGGCAGAGACGUGGUGAAAAAUAGGAAAGAUGCGAAAGAAAAGAAACAAAAGCACUAGCUAAUAUUUAGCUAGUUGUGUAAGGUUUCAGAGAAAUAGCGAAAUAAUUUAGUAGAGAUACAGGAAGAAUAUGGUUUCCAGCAAAUAGGACGCUGGGUAUUUGGUUGCAAAGUGUAAGUCUGCCUUCCAGGAUCUUGACAUUUCACCAUUAGAAGCAGCACUGAAGACCUCACAGGGGUCAUAUCUCUCUUGAAAUAAAUUUUUCUAAACACAUACUUUUUGUGGGGGAAAAAAAACAAAACAGCUGAAGACAAAGAACCAUGUCUGUACCUACAUGUGACAAUAAAUUUAAUCAGAAUUUUUUUUUUUUUUUACAGAGAAAGGGAACUUUUAAUGUCUCUUAGUUUUUUGUUGGUGGUAGUGGUUUUUAGUUUUUUAACCAAAUAAAAAAGCCUGGGUUAUCCCUAGCACUGCCAAAACAAAAACAAAACCUUCAAGUAAUCAGGAAACAGGCUGUCCAAGGAGGCACACGCCUAUAUCCCAGGACUAAGGGGGUGGGGGCCUGAAAGUUCCUUGGCCACGUCGCUCACACAGGCCUGCAGGGCAGCCUGAAUUACAUACUUGGGUCUGUUAAGAGGAAAGGAAGUAUACCUGUUUUAGGAUUUUUUUUCCUGGCCCAUUUAAACUACAGAGUGUCAUUAAAUAUGUAUUUUGGAAAAAUU